AUGCUUCCUAAUCCCGUCUAUCAACCGCCCGUCUCAAACAUCGCCUACCAUGUCUACAACCCCGAGGACGAUCUCGAGCGGGUCCAGGCUGUCUCCCAGCGGGCUUUCCAGCGCAUCAUGGACUCCUACACCGAGAACGAGCGCCUCGCCGAUCUCUUCCAGGUCGAAGACGACAAGCAGCAGGAACUGGUCCGUGAGCGAAAGGAACGGGAAAAGCUGCUGAAGCAACAACAAAAGAAGCAAUCAUCCAAGCGUCAGGGCCAAGGGUACCCAAGCAGGAGCCAGGACCGCAUCAUUCCCCUCCCAGCGAUCCCCUUUGAACGCCAAACCUUCCGCCGCUUCCACCAGAAUACAACCACCCCUCUCCUCUCUCACCCCAACAACAACAACCUUCAACAAGAAACCCAGACUGCUGCCACAACUACACCUUCAACAAUAGCGACUGCAGCAUCUAUUGCCGAGAAGGCAGAGGUGCUUCGGGAUCAGUCCGCUGGCAGCUUGAAGCGAGCACGGAGGCUGUCGGAUAUCAGCUCCAGCGACAUAAGUGGCCUUGGUGACGAUGACUCUAGGUCCUUACCACCUUCGACAUCGUCUCCAGCCAAGAACUCAACAGCAUCUCGACCCGCCGGACUUGGCAUUCACCUUGCUGAUUCCAACGACCGAUCCAUCACGAGCUCGCCAGCACUGCCCCCAACACCACCUCGCGAUUCGCCAUCUCAUGCGACAUCACAACCAGGAAAGGAUGGGACUGAUCGUUCGUCGAAUCAGGUCCACUCCACGGCACCAUCCAGUCUGGCGGCCUCAACAACCUCGUCGUUUUCCUUUGCAGUGCCGAGCCUCCCGCAGCAGCAACAGCGGCCUUUGCCUUCAGGGACCAUUCGGCGGAAACGGAAGCAGGCGAUCCCUGUCCACCCAUCAGUUGUGGAGCGUAUUCCUGGUAUCACGAUCAGGAUCCAGCGGGAGAGGCAGGGCGAUCAGCUGGAGGUCGAGAUUCUCAAAACCUUGGACGAUUAUAAGGAACCCCAGUCAGGCAACGAGGAGUCUCUGAGCCCAGCGCAGAAACUGCAGGCGAAACAGGACAUCCGCAAGGUUCGGGAGUCUAUAGAUUCAGGCCGUCCAGGAUAUGCUUACUUAUCGCCGGCAGGAGUCCCUGGCCACGCCCAACAACAACUUUCGACAGCGUCAGCGACGGCAACAACGGAUCACGCCAACCGCAGCCUGGAAUGGUCAAAAUCACUCCCUGGCUCGGUCUCCUCCCUCACCUGGACAUCCUCCAACACCAACUCGACCGAAAACCUCGCGGCGAUGCAGGGCCUGUUCGAUGCCAGAUCGAUGCCGCUGUCGUGGGAGAACUUUGCCACCCGAGAGUGCGUUGUUAACAAGCUUGUCGGCAAGCCCGAUGAGGACUUGAAUACACUGGAGGGGGUGGUUCAGGAUGCUAUUGCGCGACAGCAGUAUGCUCUGCAACUCCAACACGAGCAGGAGGAGCAGGAACGGCUUCGUGCUCAGAGUCUCACCCCAGUCGACUCGCAUCGAGGUCUCUCUGUUGGGUUCACAGGAUCCGACAAUGGCGUUAUUGGUGGCGGUACCACCACCCACCCUAAUUCAUCAAGUCGAGCUUCGAGAUCUGUUGCCGCGCCGAGUAUGCGGACUCGGUCAGCUCCAGCACGUGCUACCAGGAGCAAGGCCCAGGUGUCAUCCCGAGGAGGCAAAUUGGUGGCGCAUGAAGACAUUGAAAACCACCUAAAGGAGAAGCGCAGGCGGCAGCGUGAGCAGCAACACCGACGACAGAGCAGCAGGACAACUUCAAAGGAUGGAGAGGAGGAUGAGGAUGACGACGAAGACGAUGAUAAGAGGGAUACUUCACGCAGGACGACGCAUGAUGGCGAUGACACGGAUGACGGAGAGUCUGAGGAUCACUCGUUGCCAAAGGGCGCCAAACGAAAAUUCACCAAAAGAAAUGCUUCUCGGCGCAACAACAAGCAGGGCGACGACGCCCUAACGUCAGAAUCAUCGAGCGAUGACGACAACGACGACGACGAGAGAGACGGAAAGGGCGGCAAGAAGCGGUACAACUCCUCGCGCCAUAGGGGUGCGGAUGACAACCUGGCGAGUAUAUCCAGGGAUCAUCAGAGGAAGACGUUCAAGCAGGCGCCUCGUCCGGACCGAAAGGGAAGUGAGCCUAUUCGCCGGAACAAGAAGUUUUGGAGCCGUGGCAGGAACUCGAGAAAGGAGGACGAGGUUGACGACACGGGAACGGGCGAGAGCGGCAGCGAGGACGAUGAGGACCACAACGAUGAUUACGAGGGUGUCCCGAGCACGAAGAAGGCGUCAGGAUCUACGCAGACGCGCAUUCCGGACAGCUGGUUGCGCAAGGAAGCGCGGACGAAACGGCCGUCGGACUCGGCGCAACCUAUAACAACAUGGAAACCUACCAGAGCGUUCAGGAGGUUGUCUACUGAAUCUGACAGAUCGAACGAGGACUCGGAUGAUGACGGUUCCGAUGCAAAUGGUACAGGCGGCAACCCUGGGGAACCCAAAAACCAGAGGUUUGCCAAGACUCUCACCUCGGCAGAAAAGGCCAAGUUUUUCAACUCUGCUGUGGGCCUGAUUCACCGCAAAAAUCUGGAGAUGCUGGAGUCGAGACGGAAGGGCAGCAGUCGGGUUGGUUUGCUUCGGGAGGUACGGUCGAAGGAGGCUGCGCUGAAGAAGGAGAAGGAAGAGGAGAAGGAGAAGGAGAUAGAACUGGAGAAGGAGAAAGUGAUGCAGGAGUCCAGAGUCAAGCUGGAGGGUCGAUUGGUAGAAGAGUCCAAGGCGCAGAAGGUCGAAUCGACCAACUUGCCCCGAUCAUCCAAAUCUCUUCCUGGUCGAGUCUUGCGACGUGCGGCGGCAGGCGGAAGUGGAUCGGGCUCGACAGGUGGCGAGGAUCCAGAUUGCACCUCAUGUCGGUUGGAAUUGUCGGCGGCCGAGAAGGAUGCGUGGAAGCUGGCGCAGGAGAAGGGAGAGAUCCGACUGCCCAAGACCUGGGGUACUCAUGCGAUCCUGUGUGUGGCCUGCAGAAACCAGUAUCUGGGCCAUCAUUCGCGAUGCACAGCGUGCUUCUACGUUCCUGUAGAGGAGGAGAUGGAGACCUCUGGCAAACGGUGCAGUCGAUGCAAGGCUGGGACUUGGCUCACGGAGAUUGCGCAACGACCCCCUGGUGCCUCUACCACCAACGACGACAAGAACCGGCGACGCAGACAGACAUCCGACAUGUCGUUGUAG